AUGUUCCCCACUCGCGUUCAACUUGAAAGCUUGAAGCGGGCUGCGUUGCAGGCCAAGUGCAAGGAGCUCGGCAUCAAAGCCAACUCCAGGUCUGAAGUCCUCAUCGACAUGGUUUUGGAGCGCUAUUUCUCUACUGCCGGACCCUCGAAGCCCUCGACAUCGACAGCUUCCUCGUCCAAGAAGCGCAAGGCCGAUGAUGAGCCCAAGGCUCGCCGGGUGAGGGCCAAGGCUGAGCCCCAGGAUGAGGUUCUCCCCACCCGCACCAGCCCCCGACGUGGCAAGCGUGCCGAGGUUGUCAUCCGCACCCCUGCCCGCUUGCGAAGACUGCUCCUCGUGCUGCUGCACCUGCUACCCCCGCCCCCACUCGCCCUCUUGUCCCCACCUCCACUUCCGCAACUGUUAUCGACACCGCCGCCGAUAUUCCCGCCCAAUCUCAAAUUGAACCACCGACACCCGGAUAGCAGAUCUCGAACUCCAGAUUCGCAACGCCCGAAAGCCGGUGAUGAGUCUGCUCGCGAGUCCUUCGGUGACAGUACCUCUUCUGAUACUCUAGACUCUAUGGGCCAGUUAGCCCAACUUCGUGAUGUUGCGCCACGGCUUGUUGCAUUGGCCAUGGACCCAGUUGCACUUACUUCGCGCGUCGACGCUGCAGCGGAUUGCAAACUUGAAACCGAUAGUUCCAGAGUUGGAGAGCUACAAGCCACCCUACGCCACUUACAGUCCCAGUUUAACAGGAUUCCUGAAUCGGUGUUUAAUAACAACCGACCAGAAGACUCUGUUGCAGAUAGUAGAUACACUAUCGUCCGUGCUUCCUCAGUAGCACCCUCUGCUGGUCCCUCUGGUUCUCAGCCCUCUCUACUCUCCAUCCCCGAAGGAGGCUUCUUCCCUUCGCAAAACCAAAACCAAAACAGCGGACGUGCGUCCUCAGUAGCAAAGAGUUCGCGAGGGUCUCGUCCUCCUCUUGCCGAAAAGGAGAGGGAGAUCGAAGAGACCGGCUCCCGCCGCUCUCUUCGCCCCUUGUCUCAAUCUCCAUCCCCACUUCAUCACAAGCCACCCAGUCCUACCCGGGGUAAAGGAAAAGGUCGGAUGAUCAAAACAUCACUGGAGACCGUAGCCGAGGACGAGACACCACUUACUCCUGUUGCUGACCCAUUCACACCAACUUCGGAACUGCCUCGAAGCCCUCCAACCCCCGCUCGCAAAUCUAUCACACCCCGCCCCCCUGCUCGUAAAUCUGCCACUCCUCCCUCUCGCAAAUCCGUCAGCCCCCCGUCUUCCGAGACCAAACCCAGCUCCUCUACCUCGUUUUUCCCGUCCCUUCCCACCUUUGCCAUCGUCAGAGCAGCUUCUCGGCCAUCUGCACCUAGUGGUCGCGUUGGUAGGACCAUCAACCGCCCUCACACGGCUUCUGCGCGUCGUCCUAUGACUUCGACUACCAAGACAAGGAGCCUCAACCCAAGGAGCCUCAAUCCUUCUUCAACUUUGCUCCUCGGACUGUCAACAACCACCACAAACGGCCCCACAAAUACCUCCAUGUUCCCUGCCCCAAAGAUCGAUCUUGGACGUACGCCUGGUGGGCUAGCGUUCAAGACGACAGGCCGUGCGCCUCCAGGCACCCCUGCGGCGACAAACACCCUUUACGGAACCGAGGUCGCUCGCGACACACGGUUCGCCGACUUGGCGUAUGACUUGGAUGUGAGCGGCAGUGUCUCAUGGGAGGACAGCCAUCCCAUCUGGGCUGCUGGAAUCCCGCACAACGCUGCGAAUCCAUAG